AUGCCCGGUCGUCAAUCUCAUGGCCGUUCAUUAAUGGGCGGCGGCGGCGGCGGCGGCUCCGGCGCUGGUCCUAAACGACGACAGCAGAAGCAAAAGUCCAAGGCCAAGUCCCGCGCCCAGGAUGCCUUCUCCAUCGCCAACAAGGAGCUGGGCGGCGACCGACACAAGCUCACGCCGCGAAACCGAGAGCUCGACGCCGAUCUGAGCACGGGCAAGCGCCGGCGCGGCCACGCUGACGACGAUGAAGACGACGAGGACGAGGAUGGCGAGUCCGACGAAGACGAUGGCCCUCCCAGAAAGCGCGGCCGCGCCGGCCAGGAUCAGAAUGGUGAUGACGUCGAGUACGGCAGCGACUCGAGCGGCAACGAGUGGCGCAUUGGUGUCGGAGAUGAUGACGAUGAUUCCGACAUUGACUCUGACGAGGCCUUUGGCGAGAGCGAUGACGAAAAAUUCCAAGGCUACUCCUUUGGUGGCAGCCAGAAGAAGGGAAAGAAGAGCAAGAAACAAGACGACGAUGACGACGAGGAAGACGAAGACGACGAUUUAGAGUCUCUGGGCUCCGACGCAAUCGACCUAGCUGACGCCUUGGAUAUGUCCAUGUCAGAUGAUGAUGACCAGGGAGACGCCGAAGAAGACGAAGACUCUGACGAGGAUGACUCGGGCUCCGAAGAGAGCGAAGAGUCUGAUGAGAGCGAGGAUGAUGUUUCUGAAAGUGGCGUCAAAGACUGGGUCAACAAAUUUUCGGGUGUUGCUGAGGAUGAAGACGACGAAAACACAGGUCCGCAGAAGUCCAAGAUUGAUCUUCAAGACCUUGGAUUACUAGGUGGCCUGGAUCCUUCUUUGAAGAAAUCCUUGAAGCUCAUGUCGAAAGAGGAGAAAUCAUCAAAGCCUCAAAAGCUCGAGGUUCCAUUGGCAAGACGCCAACAAGCUCGUCUGGACAGAGCCGCUGCCUACGAACAAGCGAACAAGACACUUGACCGGUGGAACGAGACGGUGAAGCAAAACAGAAGAGCCGACCACCUAGUUUUCCCCUUGGCGCAGACCGAGACUGGUCUUGUCAGGCAUGACAACACCGAAAUCGCCCCUCUGGAUAGCAAGACGCCAGGAAAUGAGCUUGAACAGACUAUCAUGGGUCUGGUGGAAGCAUCAGGAUUUGCGCCCAAGAGCGAGGAAGAACCCAAGGAAUAUGUUGACGAAAAUGGCGAGCCUAUUACCAGAAAACAAUACUGGGCUCUCAAGAGAAAGGAAAGAGAGCUCAAGUCGAGGGAGGAGGCCCGGGCAAAACGUAUCAAGAAGAUCAAGUCAAAGGCCUACCAUCGUGUUCACCGAAAAGAGCGCGAGAAGAACGAAAUCAAGGAGCACGAGGCUCUGGCUGCUGCAGGUCUAGUGGACUCCGAGGACGAGAGAGAACAGAGGGACCGCCAGCGUGCAGCCGAGCGCAUGGGCUCCAGGCAUAAAGACUCGAAAUGGGCCAAAAUGGCUCGCAAGGGUGGUCUUGCUGUCUGGGACGACUCCGUGCGCGAGGGCAUGAACGAUAUGGCGCGACGCGAUGAAGAGCUACGCAGGCGUGUCGAGGGACGCGGUGAUGGAAGCGACGAUGACUCUGACUACUCUGGCGACUCGGAGGAUGCCGAUGAUAGGAAACGACUUCUCAAGGAACUUCAGCGCAUAGACGAAGACGACGAGCCAUCAGGUCCCAAGUCGAAACUCAUGAACAUGCCUUUCAUGAAGAAGGCCGAGAACGCGAGGAAGAAGGAGAAUGAUGAUUUGAUUAAGCAAAUUCGACGAGAGCUCCUCUCAGACGAUGAUGUGUCAGAACCAGAGCCUGAAGCCGAUGAUAUUGGCCGGAGGCAGUUUGGUGCACCAGGUGCCAAGGAAUCAGGUGUCAAAGAACCGGUUGCUUCCAAGCCAAGAAAGGAGAAGUCCAAACGAGACACAACCGAUAUACCUAUGGUGGACGCCGCCGAAAGCACGGUCAACAAUGCCAAAGCAUUGCCAGUUUCAACAUCGUGGCAAGAAGUCGAGGAUGAGACAGCGGGUGCGUGGUCAUCAGCUGUACCUUCAAAGCCAGCUCGCAAAGCUCGGAAAGACAAGGCCCACGAUAGCAGCGCCAAUGUACUGGACCUUGACUCCAGUGCUGCAGUAGUCAAGGCCGCUGAGCCGGCACUGCGAUCCAAGUCGGCCAAGAAGCACGCAACCGCACUGGCUGAUGAUUCUUCUGAUGAUGAGGACCACCACCUCGUACAAUUCCGCGACCAGGAUCUCCUCGACAAGGCGUUUGGCGGCCUUGAUGUCGUAGCCGAGUUUGAGGCAGAGAAGCACGCCCAGGAAGAGGAAGAUGACGAAAAGGUCAUUGACAACACUCUUCCCGGCUGGGGCAGCUGGGUGGGCGAUGGAGUCUCGGCUCGGGAGAAGAAGAGGCAUCAAGGACGCUUCUUGACCAAGCAGGAGGGUAUCAAGAAGGACAAGCGCAAGGACGCGAAGCUCAAGAACGUCAUCAUGAACGAGAAAAUCAUCAAGAAAAACAACAAGUACAUGGCUUCGCAGCUGCCGCAUACUUUUGAGAACUCUGCGCAGUAUGAACGUUCCCUGAGGCUCCCUGUAGGCCCGGAGUGGGUCACGAAGAAGACGCACCAGGAUGCCGUCAAGCCAAAGGUCAUUAUCAAGCAGGGCAUUAUUGCGCCCAUGGCAAAGCCGCUGCACUAA